GCCAAGCAUGGCCCAGCAAGAGACCUACGGCAACUGGCUGGGCCCCCCGCCGCUCCCUGCCAAGCGGCUGGUGAGACAAGCAGGAAUUUACUCCGUUGCUGGGAAGAUGACACCCCUGGGUGACUUCAGGCCAGCGUCCCCAGACAGCUUCGCCGACGAGGACGAUUACGACGACGUGUCCGUGUCGGAGUCGGAUCGCAAGCCACCACCAUCCGAUGAAGAUCUGCGGAGCCAGAGGAGCAAAGGAGGCACAGGGGUUUACAUCUUGGCGGGGAAACCAGCGUCUCCAAAUCCUUCCCGAACAGAAAACCCGGAGCCUGGACGGGGCCCCAGGCAGACGUCGGUGGCCGUCCUCUACGUCUUGCUGGCGCUGAGCUUCGUCGCGUGGGUGCUGCUCCUCACCCUGGUCUUGGUGAAACAAGUGGAAAUCACGGCGGAGUUGGAGCUCUUGAAGUCGAACCAGUCAGAGACCCAAGUUAACAUGCUGCAGGAGAUGUCAGAGUCGCGGCAGGAGCAGACGAGGGUGCGGAGUGGGAUGCGCAGAUACUACAAGGAGCUGCAGGACAUCGCAGCGCUGAUCUGCCAAACUCUCCCGGACAACAAGUGCUUGGCUGGCUGGAAGAUCUUCGAGAGGAGCUGCUACUACUUCUCGACAGAGAUGAUGAGCUGGUCGGAUGCGAAGGAGACCUGCAUUGACCAAGAUGCUCACCUGGUCAUUGUCGAAUCGGAGCUGGAGCAGAAGUUCCUGAAGGACAACAUGAACAACAGCAACAUGUACUGGAUGGGAGUGACGUAUAAGCCAGAGGGAGGUGACUGGCUCUGGACAAAUGGCAAACCUUUAAGUGUGAGCUACUGGAACACGUGGAGCAAGAACAGCAACAGGGACAAGAACAGCUGUGGCACCAUGGGGCCCAACGGCAUCUGGUUUGUCAAGCACUGCUCCCACUCCAGCCACUGGAUUUGUGAAAAGUCCUGGAAUUGCUGACUUCAGCCAUGUUUUUUUUUCCUGUUUUCAGACAAUUUCCAAUACGCAAGUAGAAAAACACAUUUUAAACUUCCCUCUCAGGAGCUGGACAAAGUCACAAAGCUCUGGGGGGAUCUGGCUCACCCUGAUGGCUCCAUGCUCCUGUUUCUUGCCUGCACAAAUCCCUAAAUCCAGUGAAAUCCUUGCAACCAUGAGCCUUGCAAGCCUGGCCCACAAAACACCAAAAAGAAAAGGGUGGGUUUGGUUAAAAAAAAAGCCACUGUGGAAAGGUAAAAACCCACUCACCGGCACAAAACCAGUCCCAUUUCUCCACAUUGCUGAAUUUCUCCUUUUUCCCCCUAGCUCCAGUACUGCAUUGUGGUUUCUGCUUAACUCUCAGAAAAGAAAAUUUCUGGAAAAAUCCUUUUUUUUUUUUUCUUUCCACUUUUGAAUCCUUUUUCCUGUAUUUAUCCUUCCCUUCCUGCAGCCACCAGCCCCCACCUCUGCCCUGCUGUAGCCCCACAUCCAACCCACCCCAACCCGAAUUCUUCUGAAAACCCUAAUUUCACUCACUUGCACAUUAUCACAUUAUCAUCCAACAAAUAUUUUUUUUUUUUUAAAGAAACAGCACCAUUCAGUCUUUUACCCCCCUAAACAAAUAAAGCGGCUGCAUCAGACCACCCCGGUGGCUGAAAGUUUCAGGUUAAAUCCAAGGAAACAAAUUCAAAGUGUGGUUUGAUUUUAAUGAUAGUUUUUAAAGGAUUGUAAGCUAAAACUUGAGGGAGAGGAUGAUUUAUAUGUUAUCGAUCAGUCGAAACACAAUGAUUCAUUACAGGUAACAAAAUUCCUUCUCUGGGUUGAAAAUUAACCUUGGGAUCUCCCUCUCCCCCUGUGAAAAUUAGGAAAUUUGAGCCAGGCUUGAGAAAUUUGCUGGAAAAUCAAUAAGAAGGGGAUCUGUGGCUGAAAAUGAAACUGGUUUUUAGCCAUUUCAGACUGUUUUCAGAGAAAAGUCCACCAGUGGUAGCACUGGCACAAAGAUAUGCUUCUGCUUUCAAUAAAAACUUGUUAAUUUA